UCGAUGGCACACAGUUCGAGACGAGUGCAUCAGGAACAUUAACGGUGUAAAGCUAGUCUUCGAGUGAAUUUGUAACGGAAUUGGGCGCUUCUUUCAGAAGUCAAAUCGGUUCGAUUUUCCUCUGUGCAUUUAUGAACGAUCGAUCGAUGAAAGCGAGAUAAAUCAUUAAAGAUUGACAAAAUGAUUUUACCAGUGAUAUUAUUUUUGCUGUUGCCUAUUUACGCAUUGUGUCUCUUCCAUUGGAACGUUCGGUUGAGCAGAAAAGGAAAGCUCGUCGACAAAAUUCCGGGACCUCGGGCGAUACCGCUUUUCGGAAAUAUUUUGAGUUUCAUGGGACCUCUUGAGGAAGUUCGACAGAAACUGCGACGCUUGAACGAAGAAUAUUAUCCGAUCUUCAAGCUGUGGGGAGUCAAUCUGGCUAUGAUUAAUAUUCGACAUCCGGAUGAUGCUGAAAUAUUACUCUCGAGCACAAAGCACAUAGAGAAAGGAUUGUUGUACAAAUUUAUGCAUCCCUGGUUUGGCACAGGACUCCUCACUAGCAAGGGUGAAAAAUGGCGGAGCCGGCGGCGAAUUCUUACUCCGGCAUUCCAUUUCAAUGUGUUGCAACAAUUUGUCGAAAUAUUCGUAGAACAAGGUGAAAAAAUGGUCGACUUCUUGAAAAGCGAUAAAGAAAAUGUUCAAGAUCUUUCCAAAUUUCUCACGAAAUUUACUCUAAAUACUAUUUGCGAAACGGCCAUGGGAACGGCACUUCAAGAUUCUGACAUUACUCAAGAAGGUUUCCGAAAUGCUGUCUACGAUAUGGGCACUCUGAUAAUCCAUAGAAUUUUGAGGCCCUGGCUUCAGUGGAACUGGAUGUUUCGUUUGUCAUCGAGUGGACGUCGUCAAGCAAAAGCUUUGAAAGUUCUGCACGGUUUUUCAACAAAGAUAAUUGAAGAUCGCAAGAAAUAUCACGAGCUGCUCACAGGGGAAAAAUUCCUCACAGGAAUGGCACCGCACGAAGAGACGAACGCUCGUGACGAUGAUCCCUACUCGCCAAAAAAGAAGCGGUUAGCAAUGCUCGACUUGCUAAUCGCUGCGCGGAAGGAAGGUGCUGCGAUCGACGACGCUGGCAUUCGCGAAGAGGUCGAUACCUUUAUUUUCGAGGGACACGAUACAACAGCGGUCGGAAUGACGUUUGCUCUUCUGUUGUUAGCUCAGCACAAGGAUAUACAGGAAUCAGCAAGAGCCGAAGUAAAAAAAGUCGUUUAUGAAAACGGUGGCAAAAUGGGAAUGGCGGAAAUCCAAAAACUCUCGUAUCUCGAACGUUGUCUCAAAGAAUCCUUGAGACUCUAUCCCAGUGUCCCAUUCAUUUCGCGAACGAUUCGAGAGGAUUUACAAUUGAAAACUCAUGUCGUCCCUGCUGGUAGUCUUCUGAGUCUCCACAUAUUCGACAUGCAUCGCGAUCCAAACUUUUGGUCGGAUCCUCUCGUUUACGACCCUGACCGAUUUCUACCGGAGAAUAUUCAGGGACGUCAUCCUUAUUCGUACGUGCCAUUCAGCGCCGGAUCUAGAAACUGCAUCGGUCAGAGAUUCGCGAUGCUGGAACUCAAGGCUUUGGUAGGACACUUGCUCUACAACUUUUACUUAGAACCGAUCGAGAUCGCUGCGGACGUGCGCUUGUUACCUGACUUGGUGCUGAGACCAGCUCAUCCCGUUCGCGUUAAAUUUAUUCCGAUCGAAAAGCAUCGUCUUCUCACGACAAUGAACAACUCAGAGAGCCGCAUGCUGGAGUUUCAAAGAAGUCGUGAAAACUUCUUAGGCAAAAACAAAAGCCCGAAUUACGAAGAAAUCAUCACAAAAAUGGGCAUCAACUACGGUAAACAAUUUUGUUUGAUGAAUCUCAGAUUGCACUUCUUACAUUCCCACCUGGAUGCAUUUCCUGAAAAUCUUGACACCUACAACGAAGAACAGGGAGAGCGUUCCCAUCAAGAUCUCAAAGAAAUGGAACGUCGAUCUCAGGGACAUUGGGAUAUUAAUACGAUGGCAGAUUUCUGUUGGACGUUGAAGAGGGAAAUGCCCAGGAAAGGCAUAAAACGCAAAAGAAAUCCAUUAAAUAGAUCGUUUAAAGAAAAAAAGACACCGGAAAACGCAAUGAUUUUAUGGGCAUUGUUCGUUAUAGUAUUGGUUUUGGUUCUUCUCCAUUUAUUGAUACACUUGAGCCGCGCAGGACGGCUCAUCAAUCAAAUUGACGGACCACCGUCUCUUCCUGUUAUUGGUUCUUUGCUGUAUCUGUUAGGCUCACCCGAUAAUUUGUUGAAGACUCUGCACCGAUACAGCGAUGAUUUUUAUCCAAUAUUUCGACUCUGGAUUGUUCAUUGGCCGGUCGUUUUUAUUCGGCAUCCCGACGAUGCGGAGGUAUUGUUGAGCAGCUCAGUUCAUAUCGAAAAGAGUUUGUUUUAUGAUUUUCUUCGACCGUGGUUGAACAACGGACUGUUGACGAGCACAGGCAAGAAAUGGCGGAACCGCAGAAAAAUCUUGACUCCAGCUUUUCAUUUUAACAUGCUGAGAGGAUUCGUUGAUAUGUUUGCCGAAACGUCGGAACGAAUGAUAAUCUCGUUGAAAAAUGAAGGCGGUCCGUCAGUUCAAAAUCUCGUUUCUUUGAUUACGCAACACACUCUCAACGUAAUUUGCGAAAGUGCAAUGGGUACGAUAUUACAAGAUAAUGAUCCAUUGCAAAAGGAGUAUAGAUCCAACGUCAAAGAAAUCGGUAGUUUUUUGUACUACAGAUCUACGAGGCCAUGGCUGAAAAACAACUGGAUCUUUUCUCUAACAGAGAAAGGUCGAAAGCAUAAGAAAUGUAUCGAAAUUUUGCACCAUUUUACAUCUCUGAUCAUCGAAGAACGAAAGAAAUACCACAGAGAGACAGGAAAGCAAUAUCUUGCAAAUGAUUUGUCGGGAACUGAGAUGGUGAUGGAUGCAACCGAGAUAUCUAGCAAUACUGAAGUGGAAAAACAGAGGCUCGCGAUGCUUGAUCUUUUGAUCUCAUUACAAGAGGCACACCAAGGUAUCGAUGAUGCCGGCAUACAAGAAGAAGUUGAUACAUUUAUUUUCGAGGGUCACGAUACCACAGCAAUGAGCAUGUGUUUUGCGAUUCUUUUGCUCGCGGAGCACAAACAAAUACAGGCACGUGCGAGGGCAGAAAUCGAUGCUCUAUUCGAAGAAUAUAAUGGACGAUUGGGAAUGGACGCGUUGGCUAAUAUGCCCUAUCUCGAGCGUUGUAUAAAAGAAUCGUUGAGACUGUUUCCAGCUGUACCAACCAUCUCUCGACGCAUAUCCAGUUCCUUGCAAUUGAAAAAACGUUUGAUUCCAAGUGGCACGAUCGUGAAUUGCGAUUUAUACAAGCUUCAUCGCGACCCACAUUUUUGGCCUGAGCCUCUCGUCUACGAUCCUGAUCGGUUCCUACCCGAACUCACAAGAAAUCGACAUCCAUUCGCUUACAUACCUUUCAGCGGAGGACCGAGAAAUUGCAUUGGUCAAAAAUUCGCUAUGCUCGAACUCAAAACAAGUAUAAGUUACUUAUUGCACAGCUAUUACUUUGAGCCGGUGGUCGAAUGCCGAAAGCUUACGAUGCUACCCGAUUUGGUACUCAAGUCCGAGACCCCCCUUUACGUCAAACUUGUCCCAAUUCGACAAUGAAACUCCGGACUAAUGAUCGCGGUAUUGGGAACACCAAGUCUAUCAACGAUGUGGUGAAAGGCCCUUAGUAUCAAGAUUGAAUUCUAUUUUAAAAUAGAGAGAAACAUGAGAAAUAUUGAGUGUAAGAAAUAAAGUGAGAUUAUUCUCUGUAA